GUGAUAUUUUUUUCCCCUGUUGUUUUUCUUUCUUUGUAGUUUCAUGGAACAAAUGCAGAGAAUUCAGAGCCAGCCCCUUCCAGCGUCCACUUCCAAGCCCAGGAAGAAAAGGACACGGGUGAUAGCUUUCUUUUCCAAGGUCUCUUGGAAACCGAGGUUACAGAAGCGGGAGCCUUUGAAGAAUGUGCUUUUCAUCUUGGCAGAAAGAGCCCGGGAUCCGAAUGCCAAAAAGCGCCAACUGGCAAUGAGAGGCCUGGGCACCGUGGCUUGGGAAGCCCCUGAGAAGGUAAGGAAGUAUAAGAAAGUUAUGCUCGGCCUCCUUGUGCACGGUCUGUAUGAUCCUGUGAGUUCUGACGUCAUCCACGAGAGUGUGAAGACUCUGACCAUUAUGCUGGGCAAGCUCCAGGGCCAAGGGCUGGGCUCCUUCUUCAUAGACAUCACCCUUCAGACCAGGACUCUAUUGGAUGAUGAGAAUGACAGUGUGCGGUACUGGGCCUUCAUUCUCUUUGGGCAAUUGGCUGCGUUUGCUGGGCGGAAGUGGAAGAAGUUUUUCACCCACCAGGUUAACCAGACACAAGAUUCCCUCCUGACCCAUUUACAGGACAAAAGCCCUCAGGUUGCCAAGGCUUGCAAGACGACUGUUCGAGCCUGUGUCCCAUAUCUGAAAGCCUGGAAGGAGCAAAGUUUCCAAAGCGAAGAAGACCAGAGGAACCGCAGGCUUUCCCGGCAGCUGAGCCACUAUCACCCAGAGAUCCUCCUGUUCUCCUAUGCCAAUAAAAUCUUGUAAGUCCAGAGCAGCAGAGAAAACGGCCCAUGUUAGCGCCCUGCCUGGGCAUCCUGUUUCCUCUGUUCUGUUUCACUGGAAACCUCUUUGAUUCUCAUGUGACUUUAACAAAAGAGGAUGUCGGAGAGCAACCGAGAGCAGAAACGCACCCUGGA